UCAUUGGGAAUCUCGUCUCGAACUCCGACUUGAGUUACUGCUAGCGACUUGGCCGAAUUUCUCGAGCUCGGGUCUCGACUUGUAAUAUACGUUCUCUCACCGUAUCGGGCUGUGUUUAGCGUUUCGGUUCAGUGUCGCAACUUAACGGAUACAAAACUAGGUACAUGAAAACUUAAAUAAACAUCCGGUUCGAAAUUUCGAGGUGAUUCAGGUGAUUGUAAGCGCGAUGUUUAAUUAUGGCGCCUUUAGUUUCUCUGUGAUUCCAUUUAACGAAAACUUAGUUUAAUUUUUAUUUGCGGUUUUGUGUUUGUAUUAGUGAUGGUUUUCUGUGGUGGUGACAAGCUGUCCAGAUGGACAUGCUGAUCGUGUUCGAUUGUUUUGCCGAGAUAUGACAGUUAUUGGAGAGAAGCAGAUACAGUCCUUAGAAAGCCUCGCGAAAUAUGUAGACGAAAUCUGCGUUGAGGGAUGCUUGGGAGCAGUGGCCGGCGAGGAUUCGAGUUACGAUUCAGAUUACGAAGUCGACACUCCUUCCUCUGCUACACAGGCAUCGGCCAGGCAUCAGGAUGUCUCUCGAACGACCAGCGACACACUCGCUGCCGAAUACGCCGAAUAUGUACAGUCCACGCCGGAAAUAUCCGCCGGUUAUACAGCCAGGGUAGAAUUCGCUCUCAAGCUUGGCUAUACCGAAAAAUUAGUACAAGCUGCACUACAAAAACUGGGGCCUUCGCCCACACAAAACGAAUUGUUGGCAGAACUGAUCAAAUUAGGGGCACAGAAGGGCAGUUCUUGCGAUAGCAGUCCAUCGGAAAGUACCUUAGAUAUGACAGCGUUUCAAAUUGAAGCGAUCGAAGGAACUCAAUCGCUACGUCCAAUAGUUAUAGAUGGUAGUAAUGUAGCUAUGAGUCAUGGUAACAAAGAAAUAUUCUCCUGUAGAGGCAUCAAAAUUUGCGUAGACUGGUUCAAAUCUCGCGGACAUAAAGACAUAACAGUGUUCGUACCGAAAUGGAGAAAGGAAUCACCUCGGCCCGAUAAUCUCAUUAGAGAUCAAGAUAUUUUGGCUGAACUUGAAAAAGAGAGACUGUUAGUAUUUACUCCUUCGCGGCUAGUAGGUGGUAAACGGAUGGUGUGCUAUGAUGAUCGAUACAUUUUAAAAUUGGCAGCCCAGACUGACGGCAUAGUAGUAAGCAACGAUAACUACCGAGACCUCUGUCAAGAAAACGCCGAGUUUCGCAAAGUGGUAGAAGAGCGCAUUCUGAUGUAUUCAUUCGUCAACGAUCACUUCAUGCCUCCCGAUGAUCCCCUGGGCCGAUCGGGUCCCACGUUAGACAAUUUCCUGAAAUGCCAACCAAAGAAGGGAGAUCCUCCUCCACCGUGUCCGUACGCGAAAAAAUGUACCUACGGCAAUAAAUGCAAGUAUCAUCAUCCUGAGAGAGGACCUUUGCCCCAUAAGAGUGUAACGGAGAGAUUGUCGGAACAUGCACAAAGACAUUUACAGGCGAGGGAGGGUGACAUCCGAAAAACUCCUCUGGGUCGGACUCGGUCGAAUAUUCCUCCUCCUAAAGAACCCCAGCACGCCGUUGUCUCCAAGAGUCGCAGCGUAGAUAAUGUAGGUGCUUCCUAUAUCCAAUCUCAGCCACCGACGCUUCAAGAAAACUUGCACAAAAAGCUGCAGCGACAGCUCACCUUGAAUCCAGGUGCCGAUCCACGAUUGGGCGUGAGAUAUCCAGCGGUUCCCCCGCCUCACACACAGCCAAGUGCUGCAGGUCAACUUCCAGGAUUAACUGCAGCUCCUCCGUCUUCGGCAUUUAUGAAUCCUCCUCCAGGUUGGGACGUACAUCAGCACGUGACAAGAAUUGCUUCCGCGCCUGAUUCUUACAGGCCAUGGCCUCCACAGCAACAUCCACAACACAGACAUAUGCAGAGAAUAUCCAGCUGUUCCGAUACUCAGCUAAACAUGUGGCCUCCCGUUUGGUCGCAAGGCAGCUCCCAUCACUUAGCCAGCUCUCCCGUCCAAGAAGACCGUAGAAAGUUGCACUACCAUCUGGCGGCCAUCUUUCCUGAAGAACAGGUAACGCAAGCAAUGCAGAUGUAUCCGGAUGAGACGAAUCCUCAAAAGAUCUGCGCUGCUAUACUUUCCAUGUUUCCCAAAACAUAAAACUAAUGUAAGAUUAGGAUAGUUGUGUAUCACGAAGGCUUAUUAAACUAAAAGUUGUAAUCAAGGCAACAGAUAGUCACGUUGACAUGUAUAAUAUAAUUGUAUUAUUUUUUUAUAUUGUUUUAACUCUUUCAGUGCCCAUGCCGACAGUGUGUCGCCACGAGGGUGCCGACAACGCACGAGUGUCGGCGGUAGUACUGCGUUACUAAAUGGACCAUUUAAGUACGUGGUACCAGCCAUGUGGUGUUUGUUCAAGAGGGGCACCGAACGUGUUAACGAAAUAUUUAUGUAAAGAUAGAAUCUAGCUAACUAAGAGGUCAGAUUAUUCUGAUGCUUUUUUCUACUAAUUUAUCGAUACUCCUUUUUCUAUCUGUGAUAUUUUUUCAUAAUAUAUUGACUAUUUUUAA